AUGGCUAGAUGGGUAGGAAGCAGCUGUCCAAGGAGGCCUCUGGAUGCCAUUGAUGUGAUUCAAUUUGGAGCCAUUGGAGAUGGAACAAAUGAUGAUUCCCAAGCUUUUAUUAAGGCGUGGAAAGCUGUUUGUCGAGCUACCAAAUAUAAUGUUCCAACCCUAUAUAUACCACCUGGAACGUUCUUGCUGAGCCCUACGAUGUUCCAAGGUCCAUGCAACUCUCCUACGGUUAAUAUACAGGUUGUUGGAGAUAUAGUGGCCCCAAAUGAUCUUAGUGCAUGGUCUAAUCAUGAUGUAAAAAACUGGCUUAUUUUCUCCAAGGUCAAUGGCCUUAAAAUUGAGGGAGAUGGAGUAAUCGAUGGACGAGGUGGUAUUUGGUGGUCACAGGCUCAUAAGCCCGGCGAAAGACCCACUGCAUUGGCAUUUUAUAACUGCAAUGAGCUUGUCCUCGGUGGAUUGACACACGUCAACAGCCCAAGAAACCAUAUAACUAUAUCCGGCUGCAAUGGUGUAACCAUAUCUCGCCUCCAAAUAACAGCACCUGGUUCGAGCCCUAACACUGAUGGAAUUGACAUAGGCCAAUCCCGCAACGUUCAGAUUCAUGAUUGCAGCAUAGGCACUGGUGAUGAUUGUGUUGCUAUUGGAGGAGGUUCCUCAUAUGUAAACAUUAGUAGACUGCUAUGUGGACCAGGUCAUGGAAUAAGCAUUGGAAGCUUAGGAAGAGGGGGCCUCACAGACAAUGUAGAAAAAGUAUAUGUCCGAGACUCUGUCUUGAGGGGGACAACAAAUGGAUUAAGAAUCAAAACAUGGCAAGGAGGAUCCGGAUAUGCGAGGAAGAUAUCAUUUGAAGGAAUUACACUCGAUACAGUUGCCAAACCUAUUAUCAUUGAUCAGUUUUAUUGCGAUCAGCAGCCACCUGGCCAAAAUCAGUCGACAUCGGCAGUGAAAGUCAGUGACGUUUACUUCAGUAGAAUACAUGGGACAACAAGCACAGAUAAGGCCGUCGAAUUAAAAUGUAGCCAAAUCGUUGCUUGCACCAACAUUGUGCUUACUGACAUAAACAUUGUUUCAGCAUCACCUGAAGGCACCACUACUGGCGCUUACUGUUUCAAUGCACAUGGAAGCGCUGGUCCAACGGUUCCCCUUGUCAAGUGUCUGUUACCGAAUUAG